CAGUUGUAAUUAUUUUCGCGGUUGUUUUCUCGUGACGCGUUUCUUCUUUUGUUCGUCUCAGCAGCAGGACAACGACCUGACGCCUGUGCCGUCACACCGGAAGUAGCUCGUCCAUUAGCCACGUUAGCUCGCGAGGUGUUCCAGGAGGAUGUAAAGGUUAGCGAGCUCGACUCCCGUCACGCAGCUUAACGGUCGCUGCCGGUUCGUCUCCGCGGUAAACGCCCCGCCGCCGGGAUGUCUCUCAGCGCGGUUCACGCAACCCUGUCGGGUCUGAAGUCGUGUCAGGCGGACAUCGGGACCGGAAUGGACAUCGUGACGGACGUGGCGAUGGACCUGGCGGAGACGCAGGGUGAAGAAGGGAAUCCAGGCGCCAAAGAGAUGGAGGCCAUGAUUCUGGAGUGUGCCAAGAUGGACCGAGAAAUCGACGUCUUCGUGAACAUCGUGGAACGAGUCACGGCCGAGGUGAACUCCCAGCAGCCGGAGGCCGUGUUCAGCCUGUCGGCCCAGGUGAGGGAGCGCUUCACGGAGACGACGGCCGGGCUCUCCGACGCAGAGCUGCAGCAGCACCAGAAGGUCGUGGCCUUCAGGGAGAGCGUCAAGAGCUCCUUCAACCAAGCCCAUCAGGAGUCAGAGGAGAACCCGGAGCAGCUGGAUGAAGACAUCGCUGUCACUCAGAGCCAAGUCAACUUCAGCUGCCCGCUCACACAGAUGGAGAUGGUGAACCCGAUGAGGAAUAAGAAGUGCAGCCACCACUAUGACGAAGGAGCCAUCCUGGGCCUGAUCAAGACGAAGCAGAGCCAGAAGAAGAAAUGCCGCUGUCCGGUGGUGGGCUGCGGGAACACCGACGUCAGGCAGGCGGAUCUGAUCCCCGACCAGAUGCUGAGGAGAAAGAUCCAGAAGAGAAGCGGCAGCCGCACAUAGAAGUGUUCCACAGUCGUCGUUCAGUGCGGCUGCACCAGGUCUCUGUCGUAGGAAGCAGCUGCUGCUGGUGAGAGUGGUCAGCAGUGGUCAGUGGUUACCGUGGGCUUCCUGUUGCUGGACAGCACAAUGUUCUGCUGUCUGCUGAACUCCACUGUGAUGGUGUGUGUGUGUUUUUGUACUCUGGCUUUGUGUGAAUAAAAGCAGCUGCAGACGUUUUCAUCAAUGAA